GUUUGCAACUACUUGUACAGGAAUUUAUGGCUUAAACAAAAAGUUGGAAAUGAAUUAAAUUCAAUUAAAUUAAGUAUUAAGUGUAGUGGAGUGUUAGUAAAAUUUACGACCGCUUUUCCUAACAACUUCCAGUAAUCUCAGAAAACUCAAAUACUAGAAUUUAUGGUAAAAGAUGGUGUGGUUCAGAGUGAUGUUUAUUUUGGUUAUGGUGCGUCGGUUGGACACUUUCCAAAAUGAGGACUAUGACGAAAGCGAUUCAAACACCACUGUACAAAUCACAUGCCCUUUAUCCAAUUUCGUCGUGACUCCCGUUUUCAACAACCAAACAAAUUACAUCAACUUGAAGUUGUCUUGGGACAAACCCAAAAUCAACGAUUUCGUGAAUAUUUUAAUUCACGAACCAAUGGAUUUUUCAAAAACUAGCAAAUGCUUAUCAGAAAUAUUUAUAUUUAAUCAUUCGUUGCUUGAAAAUAGCGUACUGGAACCUAAUAUGGUCACUGAAGAUGAAGUUGAGCGUGGGUGUUCGUACGAAAUAACUUUUUAUUCAGACGAAGAAACAGGAAUUUAUUGUAGCUACAAUUACACGGUUCCGGAAGAAGAAGAAAACGAUAACGCAAACGAGUUUAUAGCACCAAGACAAGAUUACGAAGAAAAUUUAUUAAAAUUAUGGUCCGAAGUAGGAGCCAAAAUUCGUUGGUUCGUGUCCAGUUUUUCACCACAACUAUGUUGAAUUUCGUAGGAAGGACUCUCUGAUGGGUAUGAUUUUCUCAGAAAAAAAAUCAUCCUUGAAAAACUAAUAGAAAGAAAG